GAACUUGGCCAAUCUUUUGUUCAUGGUUAGUUGUUUGCAGCUCAAUUGAAAGACUGGGCAGUGCCAUAUGAAAGAAUUCAGCCUUGAGGUUUUUAAUUGUGAUGGACUAGGCUUCGGUAAGGCUUUGUAGAUUGCAGUUUUAAUUCUGAAGGCUCCUGCUCAGAAAAAUUUAGUUAAGUUCCCAUGGACCAGCAGAAUAAUGGUCUUUGAGGAUGUCAUUGACAACAAUCCAUUUCAUGGUCAGGCAUACAGAGGUAUUAAAGCCUUAAAAAUAAUUCUGUUUUGAAGGAAUUAAUAGUAACCAUCCUUUAAUAGUAAACCAUCAUGGAAAAUUUCUGUCUUGGUUAUAGCUUGGCAAAAUGUGUUUAAAGAGCUGAAAAUACGUUGUAUGCGUGGAAAUGUCAGACAAUUCUGCUCUCUAAUGGUACAACAUUAGUUUCUAAGUGAUGGUAAGACCAGAUGAUCCUAGUGACCUUUUCCAGCCUUAAUGAUUCUAUCAUUCUAAGCAUAUGUAUUCUUUUUCUGGAGUUUUGAUAAGAAUAAACUGCAACUUCCUUUUCAUUUCUGUAUGUAUCAAUCCCUAACUCGGUAACUAAGUUAGCAAAAUUAAUGUGCCUGAAAUAAAUAUCUGUACCUUUGAUAAAAAGGGUAAGCAUUGAAUGCCACACUGGAAAUCUUUAGACACUUUAGGCACUGACUUUUAGGAGACACAUAUAUCCUAUCCUAAGACACUGCAACCUUUCCUCUUAAGAAAAAAAUUAGGGAAAUAGAAAAAUACUUUCAUUUCUUUUUUAAAUAAAUAAUGGUAUGAGGUUGCUUGGGUCUAGAGCAGUAUAUCCAGCUGAAGAAGAGGUGAAUCUGUAUCCACUUUUUCUUGUUAUGUUUACUAAUUGUCACUAAAGCAUAUUUAUAUUACUUCCUAGUAUGAAGAAAUUGAUGCAGAAAGUAUAUGAAGUUACAUGAAGUGACAGGCUGUUGUGUUGUUUUAUUUAGAGGUUUUAACACACAGCUAUUAUUUAGCAUUCUUGAUGGACAAGGACUACCUGGGUUUGUUUGUGUGUGUCUACAAAUGUUUUACUGCAGUGUUUUAUCUUAAGUUAAUGAUGAUUUCCACUUUUCCUUGCAUCCAAUCUCUUUCCCUUCCAAUAGCAUGAGAAAAAACCUGAAUCUCAUCUUUGAGUCACGGCUGAUUGAAGUCAUUGAUCAUUUGUAAGAAAUUGGCAUAAGGGACACUGCAAUUUUUAAAUGUAGUUUGGUUUCCUUUAAUUUCAUUAAUUGUCAUCGCUUUUUUAUUCCCUUUCCUGACUGAGAAUAAAGGCUUUCUUUUCUUCCCCUUUCUUUUCCCCUCUUUUCCUUUUGCAUUUUUUCCUCCUCAUUUUCCUGCUUUUUUUACUCUCUCUCUCUGUGGGACAUUCCAUUAAUCAGUCCAAGCAUCCCAUUAACUCUUCAGAAGAGGAAGCUGAAAUGACUCCUCACUCCUAUUUGGACAGGGAAACCUCCCUCCUUCUGAGAAACAUUGCAGGAAAGCCUUCUCAUUUGCUGACCAAGGAGGAACAGGCUGCUAAACUGAAAGCUGAGAAGAUUAGAGUGGCGUUAGAGAAGAUUAAAGAGGCACAAGUGAAAAAGUUGGUGAUCAGAGUCCACAUGUCUGAUGACAGCUCAAAAACAAUGAUGGUGGAUGAGAGGCAAACAGUGAGACAAGUAUUAGACAAUCUGAUGGACAAAUCACAUUGUGGUUAUAGUUUAGACUGGUCGUUGGUGGAAACAAUCUCUGAAUUGCAGAUGGAAAGGAUCUUUGAAGAUCAUGAAAAUUUAGUUGAAAAUCUUCUCAAUUGGACAAGAGACAGUCAAAACAAGCUAAUGUUCGUGGAACGUAUAGAGAAAUACGCACUUUUUAAGAAUCCCCAGAACUAUCUCCUGGGGAAAAAAGAAACCUCUGAGAUGGCAGACAGAAAUAAAGAGGUGCUGCUAGAGGAAUGUUUCUGUGGAAGUUCUGUAACUGUGCCAGAAAUUGAAGGAGUUCUGUGGCUGAAAGAGGAUGGUAAGAAAUCUUGGAAGAAACGUUACUUUCUUCUACGAGCUUCAGGAAUCUACUAUGUUCCUAAGGGGAAGGCAAAGGUCUCGCGGGAUCUCGUGUGCUUUCUACAGCUAGAUCAUGUCAACGUUUACUACGGACAGGACUAUCGGAACAAAUACAAAGCUCCCACAGACUACUGCUUAGUGCUGAAGCAUCCUCAGAUCCAGAAGAAAUCCCAGUAUAUCAAGUAUCUUUGCUGUGAUGAUGUAAGAACUCUACACCAAUGGAUCAAUGGCAUCCGCAUUGCUAAGUAUGGGAAGCAACUGUAUAUGAACUAUCAAGAUGCACUAAAGAGAACAGAAUCGGCAUAUGACUGGACUUCCUUGUCUAGCUCCAGUAUCAAGUCAGGCUCCAGCUCAUCUAGUUUGCCAGAAUCUCAAUCAAAUCAUUCUAAUCAAUCUGACAGUGGAGUUUCUGACACCCAGCCAACUGGACAUGUCCGUUCCCAAAGUAUUGUCAGCUCCAUGUUCUCUGAGGCCUGGAAGCGAGGCACGCAACUGGAGGAAUCCAGCAAGGUGCGAAUGGAGCCUGCAGGUCGGCCCUUCAUCUCUGUUGCACCUCCUGUGUCCCCACAGACAAAAGUGGUGACCCCCUAUUCAGCAUCACAGCCAUCCCCCCCACUACCCCCUCCACCCCCUCCUCCUCCUCCGCCACCACCUCCUCCUCCUCCUCCGCCACCUCCGCUCCCCAGCCAGGCCGCCCCAUCUGCUGCCUCACCUGCUGCCAUGUUUGUUAAGUACAGCACCAUCACCAGGCUGCAGAAUGCUGCCCAGCACGGUGGGCCUUUUUCCAAGGCCCCUGCUGCUGCACAGCAGCCCCCCCUGCCCCCUCCAUCCUCAGGCAAGCCUCAGAUACUGGUGCCGCCCAAUGGAGUCAUGCCACCUCCCCCCCCUCCUCCUCCUCCCCCCACACCGGGCUCAGCCAUGGCACAACUGAAGCCGGCACCUGUUGCCCCCUCUGUACCACAGUUCACACCUCCACCACCCCCUCCCAAAAUCCAUCAGGUUCAACCAAAUAUAAGUCAGGUGGCUGCUGCUGCCUCACCAUUGCCACCACCUCCUCCCCCUGUGCCUGCCCCACCACCACCCCAAGCACCCCCAAAGCCUCUCAUGACAGCUCUCCCCCCACAGCCUAGCAAGAAGGCAGCAUCACCAGGGGUCUCACACAUCACCUCCCCUGUGCCAGUUCCCUUGCCUCUUGCAAGUAAGAAACAGCCAAGUGUCACAUCUCCCCAGGUGCCUCCGCUGCCCCCGGCCCCUCUGGGCCCCACUCCUCCCCCAACAUUUCCAAAGCAGCAGAGUUUUUCUAUGAAGCCUCCCCCAUCACCUCAAUCCCCAGUGCCGUCAGUAGUGAAGCAGAUAGUCAGCCAGUUCCCACCUCCUCCCACCCCACCUGCCACUGAGCCCCAGCCUCUGAAACCCCUUCCUUUGAGUGUGGCUCCCCAGUCACCUCCAGCGGUGAAAGCAAAACCCAAAUGGCAGCCUGCCUCUGCUCCCUCACCGGAUUUCCCACCUCCUCCACCAGAGAGCAGCUUAGUGUUUCCUCCUCCGCCUCCUUCCCCAGCUACCUCUGCAGGUUCUCCCCCCCCUGACAAAUCAGGGUCUCCAGUCAAAAAGACCAGCAAGACAUCAAGCCCUGGAGCAAAGAAACCGCCUCCAACACCUCAGCGGAACUCCAGCAUCAAGUCCACCAGCUCCACUGAGUACAGUGAGUCCAAGAGACCUUCAGUGGACCGCCUUGUCAGCAAAUUUGCACACCCACCAGAGCCAUCAGGGUCUCCAUCAAAGGAGUCAUCACCUCCUGUGGCCCCUCCAAAGCCCGGAAAGCUCAAUCUCUCUGGUGUGAGCUUGCCCAUCGUCCUUCCGCAGGGAGGGAUCCCGGCCAAGGCUCUUGCUCCAGGUGUAUCAGGGAAGGAACCUAUGGUUGAAUUUCCUUCUCCGCCGUCGGAUUCAGACUUUCCACCACCACCACCUGAAAUAGAUCUUCCUCUCCCCCCCGUUGAGAUACCAUCUGUGUUUUCAGGCAGCACUUCUCCAAAAGUUGCUGUGGUCAACCCUCAGCCUCAGGCGUGGUCGAAACCAUCAGUUAAAAAAGCUCCACCACCCACACGUCCGAAGCGGAACGACAGCACUCGGCUGACACAGGCAGACAUCGCAGAGUCACCGGCAACACCUGGCCCCCAAGUGCCCACUUCACCCAAGUCUAGCCUUAGCGUUCAGCCAGGAUUCCUGGCAGACCUCAACCGGACGCUGCAGCGGAAAUCCAUCACCCGGCACGGCUCCCUCUCCUCUGCCCGGAUGUCCAGAGCAGAGCCCACUGCCACCAUGGACGACAUGGCCUUGCCGCCGCCCCCACCGGAGCUUCUGGCCGAUCAGCAGAAGACGAGCAGCUUCGGGGGCAGCCACAUAUCUGGCUAUGCAACAUUACGGAGGGGGCCACCCCCCGCGCCUCCCAAGAGGGAUCAGAACACUAAGUUGUCACGGGACUGGUAAUCGGUCACCUGGGGCCGGUGCUCUCCAUGACUUGUGGCUGCUCUAUGACCAGCCAACCUGUGAUGUUGUGCACUUGGAGAGAAUAUGGGGACGUGGAUAAUAGCCCUGUCAAAAGAGGUGAUCUCAAACUGUAGUCAAGGCUAAAGAUAGACAUUCCCCCCUCAUGGCUAGGCCAAAACAGUUGGGGGCAGAGGGUUGUCAGUAUUUUAUUGGGGGAGGUGGGUAGAGAGGUGUUGACUUAACAUUUUCAAUUUCUUUUACCCUUCAUAUGGAUUGGACCAAAAUCCCUUUUUCUUACUUUUUCUGCAUUUGGGGGGGAAGAUAAUUUUUUGUAGUGUCUGUCCAUGUGAGACAUGUUUGUGCAUGUAUUAUAAGUGUAGGUAUAUAAUAUAUUGUGAUAUAUUUCAUUGCAAUUAUAGAAGAUAACCAGAAUGUUUUUGUAGAUCCGUAUUUAUUGUUUCAGUCGCUAUGUUAUUGGGAAUCGGACUCUGUAACCAAUCUGAUUGUAAAGAUGAAACUGUUGGGGGCACUUUAAAGAAAGGAGAAAGGAAGAAAGGAAAAAAAAAAAAAAAAAAGCAGGGAAAACAAACAAACAAACAAUUUGGCAGUUUGUGAUGGGUAAAUGGUGCAGAGUUGAGUCUGCUAGUAACUGCACGCUGGUCAUUGAUUAAAAAUGCAAACACAACAUACCAAAACAUUCUGGUCAUAAUACUACUGAAAACGAGUAUGUUAUGAGGAAGAAAAUAGAUUUUAUAUAUAGUGGGCUGGAGUGAAAUAUAUUUAUACUAUAAAGAACCUCCCCCUUCCUUCCAAAUAGUUUAAAAGUAUACACUGCUACAAAUUAAUUUGAAGUUAUUUGUCCAUGAAUAACUAGGAGAAGUACAUACUAUUCCAAUCCAUUAUGCAUCUUGACUUUAUAGUAGGCUUGAUCAUUUGUUUUUAUGACACAAGGUGACUAUUUCUGUUAACCCCUUCUGAAAGCUGCCAGGACUCCUGCAACCAGUGCCGACCCACAAGGCUGACCCCUGUGGACGCACCACUUGUACGUGUAACUCUUUCCCUGAACAAACAGGUAGGUUUUGGCAGUGUUACGUUCUCAACUGAACAUACCUAGCACAGUCUCAUGCUGUCUGUGCCCAGUAAGAUGUGUUACCGUUACAGAAACAAGUGUCUGGAAACAGUUAAAAGUACUGUUUGUAAUUCAUUAGUAGCUGUCAGGAAAUAUUACUUUCUAGAAAGAGAAAGUAUUGGUAACUUGAGGCAAACACAGCUGCAGUUCUCUUUUCUUUGACGUGCCAGGAACUGUGACCAACACAUAGAGCUGUUAAUUAUGAAGUUGCACUUCUAACAGCCAAGGGGAGGACUGGAAAAAAAAAAAUCUUUGAGAGGCAAUAAUGUUUGCAGACAGUUUUAAGGGGCUGCAUGAGUAGGAAAUAUUUGCUUUGGUGUUUUUUUUGUUUGCCACAGAGUCACAAUCACGGCAUCAGGUACCACAGUCCUUUUUUUGUACUUUGGAAGUUUCACGAUGCUGCUUUAGCCAUGGUUUGGACACAGUAAGUUAGUGCAGUUAGCGUAAGUGCUCUUGUGUGUUAUGCAUGCUCCGUACAGGGUAGUGGUAUACAAUCUAUGUAGGUUAAGCAGAAUAUCGGGCCUGUACCCAGGUCAUCCUUGGUUGUUACAACUUCCUUGGUCACGACAGGGAUGCUGUCAAGGCUCAGAUGUCAAAAGGAUUUUAUUAUUGUUUACCUUUUCUCUAAAAGCAAGUAUUAUUACAUGCUUUCCUUCCCACAAAACGUGAAACAAAGGCGGUAGUUUAACCUGGCGGUGUCUUCAAGCGUUAAAGUAAGGUACAAGCUAAGCUCGUGGUAGAGAAAUUCUGGCUGAUAGAAAUAUUGUGAGAGGGCUUGCUGUUCCUUUUUUAUAGUUUUUUUUUAAAUCUAAAUAAUAAAAUAAAUGUCUUUGUGAAUAAUUUAUCAAUAGGAAAAAGUUUGCCAAUUAGAAGGAAAAAUGACGCAUCUAUAACUAUAUAAUUUUAAAUAAGUGCAUCAUGAAAAGAGAAAAAUCAAUGGUGCUGUCUCUGCCUUCCUGUUUCAUAUCCCUUCUUGAAAUCUCUUUCAGCACCUCUGGAAAUUAUUUUAGUAUUUCAGACUAGUUUUUUUGAGCAAUAAGGAUAUACCAUUGUGUGCAUUUUUAAAGCACUGCUGUGGAAAGGCACUUUUUUUCUAUCUUUCAGAUUGUUCACAAAUUUCUGUUUCUACUACUUUUGUGCUUAUGAAGUGUCCUUAAAAGCAUUUAUGUUGUUGAUUUUGAGCAUGGUCAGUAUAGCUGGCUAAUAAGUUAAUAGAAAAAUUGUUAAGCUAUACUGGAAUUCAUGGGUGCUGUAAUUUUCUACGUUGGUCCUUCUGCUGCUUUGUACUGUAUACAGCUCCAGGGGCUCGUACCCACCAGUGGUGCAAAAUGUGUGCAGACACAGUUACAACUCCCCAGCUGAUACUGGCAGUAGGCAGGUGGCACAUUCUCUGCUUCCUGGUAGGGUGCAAACAUGAGUUGAUGCAGUGCGUGCUCCCAGACAAGAGCAAUCAGGGAAUUCUGCUUAUCUCCUCUCUUUCUUUCUCUGCAAAACAGUUCUGUUGGUGUGUGAUGGUUCCAUUUUUUUUUUUCUUCUGUUCAUUCAGUGCAGGUGCCUCUGGGAUUUGCAUUUGGCAGAGCAAUGUUUUGAGUGCAGGUUUUUCUGAGGUGUUUGAGCUUUGUUCUUUUAAUGUUCCUGUGCCCGAGUUCAUUUACCCACUAUCUCCCACGAGACGGUAAAUCCAUACUUAAUUUUGCAGGCUACUAAAGAGCUUGCUGGGAGACAGAAAUUGAACACCAACUUUACAGCACAAAGAAUGAGCAUCAGCAAAGGUGGCACCCUUCUUAGUACAGCUUCCUUCAUUAGUAAGUAGUCAUAUAGAAAUAUAGCAAGUGGCUGCAGCUUUCCUUCUGAUGAGCACUGAAAUCUGGAUACAGAGUGGUUUGGAAAAUCUGGAUGCCUUUUCUCCUUCUGAGACCUGUUGACAUAACUUGCUUUUCUAGUGUAUUUACUGCUUUUAUGACAGCACAUGUGCAUGCCUUAUUUACAAGCUGUUUUUUGCCCUUGUGCACUGGUUUCAGAAUUCUACCAUUUUCUUUGCUAAAAUCAUCAGAAAACAAAGGAGCCAAAUUUCAGACAUGCAGGAAGAUGCUUCUUGCUGCAAAUGCGGGGCUAUGUUUUGGCACUGUUCAAAUGAACAAGUGAGGGCCGAGCUAGCACCCUCUGUACACAAAGAUGGUACAUGGUUUCAUCCUAGAAUGCUGAAAAUGGAUAGCCCUAAUUACAUGUAUGUGUACAAUUUGACUCAAUGUCAGGGAAAGCCUUGCUUCUGCAGGAGUUGGUGAAAGCAGAUAGUGGCAUUCUGUACUCUGUUCCAGUGCCUGUUCUUUCAGAUUUCCUCCAGUGGUGACAUCUGCCUCUACGGGUAGCUGGGCUCUGUUCAUCCAGCAGAGAGCAGAGUUCACUCCGUGCGCUGUGGGCAUAGAAAGCAGGGGCUCACUGACUUCCCUUUCAUUCUGCUCUUGGGGAAUUGCUUUUGAAGGGAAAAACUAGGCUCUCCUAACAGCAGUAACAAGAGGAGAGAAAAGAUGUAACAAGAAAGCUCUUUAGCAAGUGGUUCUAAACAAAUAAUUGGUAAUACGUUUGAGAUGGACGUGCCAGUCUUCUGUUUUGCCUUUCAAACCAGGAAGGAGGCACAAGACCCACAAAAAAGAAAGUAAUCUAGUUAUUUCAAUUCUUUACAUGGAAAUUACCUGCUUUCCUCUGCACAGUAGCUUCCUCGUGCAACAAAAGACUACUUGCUCUAACGUGGUGCACAGCCCCAAAGCCAAAGAGCUCCUCUCCUGAACUUACUGUGCAAUGUCCUGCAGAGCACCAGGGAACAACUGAAGCGUCAGGGAGAGACAACAAAGGUACCUGAAUCACUUUGUCUUCAGGACUAAUGGGAGAGGGAGCAAUUUUUUAACAAGUGCAUUUUAAGAUUUACUGUUGUGGAGUUGCACGUGUGGAGUUUUCUUGUUGUUGUUUUCCUAAUUUCUUUGUUCUGUGCUCUUAGGCAACCAGGUAGCACAGAUCAGAGUGGCCAGUCUUGCUCUGGGUUAAAAUUAUUUCUUUACACAGUUAAAGGAACCAAAAGUGCUGUUUCAACUGCAGAAGGGCAAAAAAGAUUUUUUUUCUGCUUAUUACAGAAAACUGCAUAGAUUUAAAUUGUUGUACAGUAGUAAAGCAGUACUACAAUGCAGUAGUGCCAUUACUGGUAAAAUUCUCUUAUUCAAAGUAAGAUAAACAGGUCUUACUUGAGCAUUACUUCCAGCAGUGAGUCACAUUAAAAUCAGUUGCAUCUCCUUGAUUAAUUGGGACAUUGUAUGGCUUUAACUAUAUCUUGAGUACAUUUGCUGUGGUAGAGAAUAAGAUUUACCAUCUGAAAAUAUUGUUAACAUAGAGCCAAAUUCUUAGACCUGUAGUGGUAUUUUUAUUCAAUUUGUUACCUGCAGAAUUUUCAACACUUGAUGCUCUUCCUGGUUUUUAGUAUUUACUUCCAAGUAGCAGCAGUAGUUUGUAAAGGUAUUUUCUGUUUGGCAUAAAUAUGCUGAUAAGAUGGAAGUCACACACGUGUGCUUUCUUGCAGUUCUGUCUCAGUCCAAACAUGAGCAAUGUAAACUCCUGCCAGAAUGUAGUAAAGACAGUGAAGAUGUGAUCAGAACAUAUGAGCAUUUUUGUUUUCUUGGUGGUGGUUUUUCCUUUUUUUUUUUCCCUCUCAUUGUGAAGAUGUAGAGUUAUAUUCUUGUUCAAACAGUGCUCCUGACCUGGGGACAAGGGCAGUUUUAUUUCUUUGGUUGUAGGAGCUUCCUUAUUUGUGGCUCCUGGUGUUCAGUUUUGUGUUCCUUUUUUCACUUGGAGUAGACUGCAAUCCAGAGAGCAUUUAACACUACAGCUUUCCCUUACAAGCUUCUAUAAAAUGCUGGUGCUUUUUAAACUUUCUAUUUUAGAAAUAUAAGUACAUUUUUCUAAAGCAAUUUUCCUUUCUGAAUUCCUUUUCUCCUUCAGUUAAAAAAAAUAAGUGACAAAACCAGCAUUACAGUGCAGGGGUCAGCACAUCGCAUACUGCAAUCCAAUGAGACACAGGCUUUGUCUAGUUUUGAAAAGUUUUAAGCCACUAAAUUGCAAAUGAUUGGCCAUCAUAUGUAAAAUUAAAGUAACUGCCACUAAUGUGAGAAAAAUAAGUAGGACAAGGAUUCAGUGAGCUCUGUUUGUGGGAAUUGUAUGUCCUCAAUGAGGAGAGCUAGAGAAGAACUGGAAGGAACAGGAGCUGGUGCUGCAUCUAUGCCCAGUCCCCUACAGCAGGAAUUUAGUGAGGGGAAUGAGUGAGAAGAAACUGGAACAACAGAUUUUGGAAACCCCCUUAAGUGUUAACACUUAAAGGCAACCUGUCUGUUGCACUUUGGAAUUGAACCAACUGUUCCUUGGAGUGGAAAAUAGUUCUCUCUCACUCAGGAAUUCCGAAGAUGCCAAAGAUGCAUUCAGAGCUACAUUGCAGGUACGCAGAUGUGCUUGCAGCAGCUGCUCCUGAGGCUAAGCUGCCAGGGGCUGCAGCUGCUGUGUGGCAGGAGAGCAGGGCUGCUGCUGUCAGCUGCCCUGCAGCCCUUGCUUUGACUCACCAUUGUAGGUAAGUGAGUACAGAGUACAGACGUGCAAGGGGUGUGGGCAAAGGCCGGUUUAGCUAGAGAACCUGUGCUCAAAGACUCCCUUGUUGCUAAUUUGGUGCAGCACUUUUUAAAUUAUAAGUAAAAGGAAAAUCAAUACUUUCACAAGUUACAAUUGUAAUCUUAGCUUUCGUCCUAGUGGACUGCCAUGGAGCAGAAAUUAACUGGAGCAGCGGAUUGUUUUAUGGCUUACAGUAACUACUGGUAGCAGCCACUAGUGAUAUCCUGUACGAUACUGGGGAUGCAAAUGUAAGAAGAAAGUGUCACUGCAAUGAUGAUCUGUCUAUACAGCAAACUUGUGAUGAGUGCUGUAAAUACAUUCAUGUUUACUGCUUUAAAAAAGAAAAUUGCACAUUCUGUCUUUCAAUGGGAUUGCCUCCCCUCUUCUUCCCUUUCCAAAAAAGAAAUAUCAAAGCUCUUUUAGACUGCUAGCUUCAGGUUGGGGGGAGCUUUGCCAUAUUAUAAAUAUAUAUAAAUAUAUGUAUAAAUAUACUUUUUUAAGCAUGAGAGAGGACAAAAGAAAUACAUUAUAGAGUACCCAAUAUAGAUCAUUAUACAAUGGAAUAUGCACAAUUCAAUAAAGAUGUAGUUAAAUUUAAUAAUUUGUUUUAAUCCUCUGUCUUGCCCUUUUCCUUUUUCAGAACCCACCUUCUGUUCUCAGGGCAGCAGCAGCUCCCUUUUACAGGGCUCCUGCUUCGCUACAGGUUGCUCAUUCUUGAUAAAAUUACUAUUUAUUGUUUGUUCCUUUGCACAGCUCUUUCCAGUGGAUCAGAGCUGGCUGUAUCAGUAGCAUUGUACAUAGCAGCCACAGGUCUAAAGAAGACCCAGAGUGAAAGCUCACCUUUUCCAUCUGCCUGUUCCCUCAGAUGUGCAAGGUCCUGGCAUUACUCAGUUCAGCUCUGCUCAAACAGCUGAUGGCUGGUAAAUGCUGGUGCAGCCCUUCACUGGGGUCCACUGCAGGGAAUUGAUUAUGCUGUACCAUGGGGGAUGCACAGAGGCUGGUUGUGCAGCACUUGUGAGCUGCUACUGUAGGGUUUUGAAAAUUAAGAUUAAAGAACUCAGACUGAAUUCCUGCUCAUGUAGGAAGGGCACUAAUUCUGAGAGGCUCUGAGGUACUUGGGCUUACAUGUAAAACUGAAGUCAUUUCUGCCUUGAGCCAAAAGCUGCAGCAGUACAGCAGUACCAAAACCAGAACUCAGCUGCAUGAACAGAACUUGAACCACAAGCAGAGCUGCCUGCACCACAGGGAAAUCAAUUGGAGUGUCAUGGCCCCAGGUCACUCAUGUCAUCACUGAAAGAAGAGAAGCUGUUUGUUCUUGCAGGUCUCAAGGAAGUAAGCUCUGCCUGAAUGCUGGAGAUGCAGAGUGGUGUUUAGGAAAGGUGAACAAGAACACUCCAGUCAGCUCAGAAGAAUCUUAGCCUAAAAGUAAAGUUGUUACUAGUGAACAGCAGCUCAGAGCUGUGAAUGCAACAUGGGCAUCCGUGCUGGAAGAAGAAGCUGGUGUCCUAGCACUGGCCAAUUACAGGAAAUACAGUCACAGAAGUGGAGACAUGAGCUGCUGAAGGCUGCCAGCUGGAUGCCAGUAUUCAAACCUAGGCUGGGGGAAGAGCUGAGCUCACCUUCUCUGAACAGGGCUCCUGCAUACACAAGCCACGUCUCCCCAUCCCUCAACACGUUUCAAAAAGCCUGUAACAAGAGAAGGAAAGUGACGCAGUGGUGGCACACUCACAGAACACAGUGUGUGCUUUGUUCCUUUUAUUCAGGGCUUGUAACAAGAGGGUUUAGUACACAGCAACAGUUAAUUCCAAGUACAAUUAAAAAAAUUUAAAAAUUGGGUUUUGCACUCACUUGGAAGAUGGUUCAAAUGGCACACACAAUAAAAUGUUACCGGCAGCACGCAGCUCCCCAGACUCUUGCAGGCUCGAUCAUUUACAGUGGGCUCUGCACUUCUCCACUGCAUCAGCAGCACCAAAAAUCAAAAAGCACAGAGUGCUUCCCUUCCAACUGCAACCCAAAUGUGUGUGAGGGGGGGUUCUGCUUUCAGAAAAGUACAUGGACCAAAAAAAUCCAUGUUAGACACCAACAUUUCCAGAGAAUUCAUAGAAACUACUUGUCCAUGCAAGUUGCAAAAGACACUUUUUCAAAUGUGAAAAGAAGCACUUGGGCUUUCCAAAAAAAAAAAAACAAAAAAAAACACCAAAACAAAACUCAGAUGU